GCUUUAUUAUUUUCAAAUAAAUCUCAACCGUUAGAUCUUCUCUCAAAUCAAAUUCAACCGUUGGAUUCAUAUUAAAUGCUCUCACCAGCUCCCUUUCCCUCUCCUCUCUCCCUCCCUCUCUCUCUCUCUUCCAGCCACCUCCUCCAAGAAUUCAAGCUCCCAGCUAAAAAGAUCAAGAGAGAGAGAGGGAGAGAGAGAGAGAGUUCAAGACUAGUUCUUGAAGGGAUGAAGAAGGGCAUUGUUUUACUCGAUAAAAAUGCAAUCUUUACGCUGCUUCUUUUCUAUCUAUGCCGCGAAGUCUCGAGCUUGGGCUCAAUGUCGUCAAUCGCGAUAUCCUACGGCGAGAACGGUCCAGUUUUCUGCGGCUUAAAAUCAGACGGCUCACAUUUAGCCACGUGCUACGGCUCGAAUCCUUCGAUAGUUCAUGCAACGCCGAACCAUCUCCAGUUUCUGGGGCUGAGCGCCGGGAACGCCUUCGUGUGCGGCCUUUUAAUGGAGUCGAGGCAGCCCUUUUGCUGGGGAAACACUGGCUUCAUUCCAAUGGGGGUUUCUCUGCAGACUUCGAGGGAAGCAGAGUACAUUGAAAUAAGCGCAGGAGACCACCAUUUGUGUGGAUUGAGGAAGCCCUUGAUGGGGAAGAUGAGGAACACUUCUUUGGUUGAUUGCUGGGGUUAUAACAUGACCAAGAGUCAUGAUUUUGAUGGGCAGAUCCAGACGAUUUCGGCUGGCUCAGAGUUCAAUUGUGGCCUUUUUGCUCAGAAUAGGAGUGUUUUCUGCUGGGGAGAUCAGACUAGUAGUAAUGUGAUUGGAUUGGUUCCGAAAGAGACUAGGUUUCGUACAAUUGCAGCUGGAGGGUUUCAUGUUUGUGGGAUUUUGGAAGGGGUGGAUUCGAGUGUGGUGUGUUGGGGUACAAGUCUUGAUCUUGAGGAAGAGAUUUCUGUGACUUCUUCCUCUGUGGUGUAUGCAGGGGAGCUGAAUAGUGUGGAUGCGGCAGCGCCGGAGGAGGCGAUGCUGGCUGUGGUGGGGGGGAAGUUUCAUGCUUGUGGGAUUAGGAGCUAUGAUAGGGGGGUGGUGUGCUGGGGGUAUCAGGUGGAUAGGAGCACGCCGCCGCCGUCGGGGGUGAGGAUGUAUGAGAUUGCUGCAGGGGAUUACUUCACUUGUGGGAUCAUGGCUGAGGCAUCUCUCCUGCCUGUGUGUUGGGGUGCUGGCUUUCCUUCUGCACUGCCUCUGGCUGUUUCGCCCGGGGUGUGUAGGGCGGGGGCGUGUGGUCGUGGAUACCACGAGUUUAACAAUGCUAGCGCACCUUGUAGGUCCCCGGGGGGGCAUAUUUGUGUGCCCUGCAGUGGGGAGUGUGGUGGGGAGAUGUAUGAGGUGGUUGGGUGUGGUGGGGUGGUGGACAGGCAAUGUGGUUACAAUUGCUCGAGCUGCACCUCGAGCGAGUGUGUCAAGAAUUGUUCUGUGGCUGGUGGUGGGGGUGCGGUGGGGGGUGUGGGUGUGGGUGGGGGUGAAAAGUUUUGGUCUUUGCAGUUGCCUAUUAUAGUUGCUGAGAUUUGCUUUGCUGUGUUCUUGGUGAGUGCUGUGGCAUUGACCUCUGUUUUGUAUGUCAGGUACAAGUUGAGGGAUUGUAGGUGCUCCGUUGAGUCGAGGAAAGGGAGUGGGGGCACCUCGUUUAGGAAGGAGAGUGGGAAGAUUAGGCCAGAUUUGGAUGAGUUGAAGAUUAGGAGGGCUCAGAAGUUUACAUAUGAGGAGCUCGAGAGGGCCACGGAGGGGUUCAAGGACGAAUCACUCGUGGGGCGGGGGAGCUUCUCGUGCGUGUUCAAAGGCGUGUUGAAGGAUGGCACCAUUGUGGCAGUGAAGAGGGCCAUCUUGUCCUCUGACAUGAAGAAGAACUCCAAGGAGUUCCACACGGAGCUGGACCUUCUUUCGCGUCUCAACCAUGCGCAUUUGCUGAAUUUGCUAGGGUAUUGUGAGGAAGCCGGUGAGAGGCUCCUCGUGUACGAGUUCAUGGCCAAUGGCUCCUUGCAUCAGCAUAUACAUAGCAAGAAUAAGGAGAUGAAGGAGCAGUUGGAUUGGGUGAGGAGGGUGACUAUCGCGGUGCAAGCAGCUCGGGGGAUUGAGUAUCUCCACGGCUAUGCUUGCCCGCCUGUCAUCCAUCGCGAUAUAAAGAGUUCGAACAUCCUCAUAGACGAGGAGCACAAUGCCCGUGUGGCUGACUUCGGCCUCUCCUUGCUCGGCCCUGCAAACAGCAGCUCGCCUCUGGCUGAGCUGCCUGCAGGGACCCUCGGCUAUCUUGACCCCGAGUAUUAUAGGCUGCAUUACCUCACAACGAAAUCGGAUGUGUACAGCUUUGGUGUUCUUCUCUUGGAGAUUCUGAGUGGUAGGAAGGCCAUUGAUAUGCAGUAUGAGGAGGGGAAUAUAGUCGAGUGGGCCGUCCCUUUGAUCAAAGGUGGCGAUGUGGAGGCCGUUCUUGACCCGUCGUUGAAACCUCCAUCCGAUCUUGAAGCCCUGAAACGCAUUGCCAACAUUGCUAGUAAAUGUGUGAGGAUGAGAGGGAAGGAGAGGCCGUCUAUGGACAAGGUUACAACGGCUUUGGAGCGUGCGCUUGCUCAGUUGAUGGGCAGCCCGUGCAGCGAGCAGCCUAUCCUGCCCACUGAGGUGGUGUUGGGGAGUAGUAGGAUGCAUAAGAAGUCGUCUCAGAGAUCGGGGGGGAACCGGUCCACCUCUGAGACAGACGGGGCCGACACAGAGGAUCAGAGGAUCGAGUUUAGGGCCCCGUCUUGGAUCACCUUCCCCAGCGUGGCCUCCUCGCAGAGGAGGAAGUCAUCCGUCUCCGAGUCUGAUCUUGAUGCUGCUAAGAACAUCGAGACGAGGAACGUAGGGAAUGGCACCACCGUUGGGGACGCGUUGAGGAGUUUGGUCGAGGAGAUUGGCCCGGCCUCGCCUCAAGAACACUUGUACUUGCAGCACAACUUCUAGAAUCGACUCAACGGCCCGUGAGACGUGGCGUGUCGUUGCCAAUCACUAACAUGGAAAUGGAAGUGAGUCUUGUAACUUAGCUCCCCCUCUCAAUUAAGCAUGUUAUGUUUUUUCCCAAGCUUUGUGAGCUAAUAUAUAUGACUCUUUACUUCCAAAUGAGUCACCUUUUUAUUCA